AUGACUGAAAUCAUUUCCUUCAUGCGAGAAUGUGAAGUAAAGUACUCCAAAAACGUCUAUGACGAAUGCAUGCUGACUUUCGACUGUCUCCCGCUGGCAGCGGUUGUCGGAAAUGUAUUUCUGUGUGUUCAUGGAGGCAUCGGACCCCAUUUGAAGUUUCUCCACGAUAUAAAUCGAAUAUAUCGCUUCAUGGAAAUUCCGGAUGAUGGAACCUUUUGCGAUCUCAUGUGGGCGGAUCCUUGGAGGCGAUACAAUGUCGACAUGAACAUACCCGACUUCAUGUACAAUGUAGAUCGUAAUAUUUCAUUUUACUUCUCAUACGAAGCUUGUUGCCGUUUUUUGGAAAGAAACAAUUUAUUGACUUUAAUUCGAGCCCAUUCUGCGGUAGCAGGUGGAUAUAAAGCGUAUCGGGUGACCAAGAAAGGAGCACCGUCAGUUUUAACUAUUUUUUCGGCCCCGGCAUAUGUAAGUGAUAGUGACGCGGCUGCAGUUCUAGAAUUUGAUAGUAAGAAAUUAACGGCCGCUCAAUUUACCGUUUCGCCGCAGCCUUAUUAUUUGCCCAAUUUCGAAAAUGCAAUCAGUUACACGUUGCCGUUCGUUGUGUUAAAAAUAUCUGAAAUCUUCUAUGCCAUAUUGAAAUACGUUACUUCAAGCGAAGUUGAUAAUGAAGAACUACUGAUAGAAGAUCGCAAUGCAUAUGCGCUACGCAGUAAAAUCCAAGAUUUCGGAAGGGCCACAUCAAGGCUAGCAAGGCAAACGGCAAAUAGUAUGAAUUUAAUGAAAUUAGGAUCUUUGGCAAAUGUAAAUUAUUCGCGAAUUAGCGAUUUUAACAACCUACAAGCAGAAUUCGGAGAAACAUUAUCUAAUUGUGCUGACGACGCUAGGAGUGCUAGGUUGCUGGAAACCUUAAAUCAAGUUGGUGAACGUUGGAUAUAA